GAAGGGCCCACCGAAGCAUGCGCCCGGCCGGGCGCAGCGUGCGCGCGCGGAGGCACCAGCAGCCAUGGCGAGGCGCCGCGCGUUCAAGCGCGGACGACCUCACGGCCAGCAUCGCGGCGCCCCGACCGCCACAGGAUGGCAGUCGACGUGCGCCUGCAGCGGCCUCCAGCCAGGGUGCCGCCUGUUGGCCGAAGCUGACACUGGCGGCGACAAAACAGCAGGCGGGCGCUGCUCUCCAGAGGCGCCCGCCUGCGGCGGAUGCAGGAGCGCGGCUAUGGCAGGCCUGGGGAUGGCCGCCGAUGCCGGCGCUGGAGCCAACCUCUGCGCAGGCCUCUGA